AUGUCUUCCAACGAGGAUGACUCCUUCGCGGAGACCUACCGAUCGUACAAGAUCUCCACCGACUACUUCUUGAACUGGCUUUGGUCCCAGCAUGAAGGCCUCGUUCCGAAGCCGGCCAGUGUCCCAAGAACCACGAAGGGCAUGCUGACGGCUGCGAAAGCUCUGUCGCAGACGUUGAAGAAGAACAAGCACAGCGUCCCAGCCUCCGUCAUCAGCUCACUCCGCAACGCCAUCUCGAAGCGUCGGGAAGCUCUUGCCACUUACGAGGAACUGGGUGCCGAUGAUGUCAAUCAUGGAGUGUUCAUCCAAAGGCUUCAGCAGACCUUGUCAAUCCUGACUCCUUUCAUGGCCACAUCCCUUGCUCCAGCUGCUGUGGCUAUCAACACCGACAAGGACUACACUACCAACGCGUUUGCUUCACUCGCCACUCUCGCCGACGAACUUGAUAGUGAUAGCCUCGACCCUAAGCCGACCAUCUCCGAGCCCGCCUCUCUGCCGGCCCAAGGUCCUCAUGCUAUCGUGGCACCGUUUGAGUUUAUGCUCGAGGACGAUGAACUCAGUGAGCGUGUGGAAAUAAUGGCCAUAGUUCAACAUCUGGAAAAUGUCAAGUCUCGGGUGAAACAAUAUUGGACCGACGCUGCCAAGGGAAUACUUCCGAUUCCAUUUGCCUCGUGGCUCACCAGCUUGAUCUUUCGGCAGCUUCAGAAGCAGUUCGAAGGCAAAUACCUUGGCUCAAGCCGCUGCUUCGAAAACCAUUGCAGACGGGCACACAAAUUCUUCACCGACCACCCCAAGCUCGCAGCCGGUUUCGGGAUUUCUGACAUGUCCGGUGCAAUCAACUUCUGCGACAUUUCGAACGCUCUCAACAAUCACCACAGCAUGUCGAAGUUCUGUGAAGAUCUUGCGAACAAGCUGAAGGUGAAGCUGGUUACGCACCAUGAACUCAUGUCACAUGACCCGUCUCUUCUCCUUCCGCUGAGAGGCCCACCAACCGAGAUGCCGAAGCCUGAUCGUGAUGAACCGCUCCAGAUAGAGGCUGUCGUUGAGAUAUUCAAGAACAUCAAGAGAGAUGUCAUUCAAAGACGCGCAAUCUCGGGUUUAGAAAGUUAUGAUCAGGUCCUUGACUGUCCCUCUGAGCGCAUUCUGCCCCUGGCUCUGGAAAAUAUCUCCGAACCCCACAAUCUCGCAUCUCUGGAGCUGGCUCUCGGCAUGGACAUACUUCUUUCUAGCUACGAGGCAUUCUUGUGGGCGGAAGGCAAGAGAAACAGGCAGAACUGCCGUUUACAGGCACUUUUGUUGGCAAAGGGCAUGCAGAAAAGCAUCCUUUCGUCCAUCGGCAGCUUGAGGAAGCUAGCUUGUGAUAUAAGCGUCUACAGCACGCUUAUGGUUUUCCAGAAGGAGCUUUAUGACAUGCUGGAUACAUACCUACGCGAGAAAGCAUUUGACCUCUAUCAUCAGGCUCCUUGGACUGCAGGAGGUCACAUGCUGUAG